UGGAGAGAAGCCCAGAGGCGGCAGCGGGUCCAGCCGGGYGCCUCUCCUCACGUGGAACCCCUUGUGGGUGUUGCAGAUAAACCAUCCUUGUCUUAACCGGGGGGAUUUUUGCUGGCUUUUCCUCAUGUCCACGCAGAGGAGCUCCACGAAGCAGUGAUCUGAAUUUCUGGCUGAGAGCAGCUGAGCCGGGGYUGCAUCGCGGAGAUUAUCUGGCCCUGCUUUGGAUUUACUUCUCUGGGAAAGCCUGCUUUGGAUACAACACCUGCCUUUCGACAAGGAGCUGCUUAUUCAAUUUGCUUGCUGGGUUACUGUGGCGCGUGGAGAUCCCAUGGCUUGUCCGAGCUUYAGUGGGCUAAGACAGCUUCCAAACUCUGUGGCUUAGAAGAAUUGCUGAUUUCUUAGUGCUGCCAAAGCUUCUGAGAUCAUUGCAAGAAGGAAGUAAAAGGGCGGCCCUGCCAUGUCCAACGAGCCGCCGCCACCCUACCCGGGCGGCCCCUCGGCACCGCCCAUGGAGGAGAAGCGCGGCCCGCCGCCUGCCACAGAUGGCGUCUCGCCGGCCGCGGGGCAGCCCCAGGGCGCCCCCGUCCCCCCGCCCGAGUUCGGGCCCCCUCCCUACGARCCGCCCUCGCAGCCGGGCUUCGUGCCCCCCCACAUGCCCACCGACAGCUCCGGAGCCUUCGUGCCGCCCGCUGGUUAUUACCCACCGCAGGGGCCUUACCCGCCCAUGGGCUACCACCCUGCCCCRGGCCACUACCCGGCUCCCGGCGGCCACACAGCGACCGUGCUCGUCCCCUCGGGGACCACCACCACGGUGACCGUGCUGCAAGGAGAGAUAUUCCAGGGUGCCCCGGUGCAGACCGUGUGUCCCCACUGCCAGCAAGCCAUCACCACCAAGAUCACCUACGAGAUCGGCUUCAUGAGCUUYCUUCUGGGCUUCCUCUGCUGCUUCGUGGGGUGUGACCUCUGCUGCUGCCUCAUCCCCUGCCUGUUCGAUGACUUCAAGGACGUGACGCACACGUGUCCCAACUGCAAGGCCUACAUCUACACGUACAAGCGCAUGUGCUAACGGCGCCCCGGGAGCCCGAGCCACUGGAAUGACACCAGCCCCUCUCCUGCUGCYGUCCUAGUCUGUGCGUGUGCAACUCCUUUGCUUGCCC